AUGGGGCUGCUAGGCUUCUUCAAGGAUUACAUCCUGGGCUUCCUGGACUAUGAGACCCCCAAGGUGAUGGUGGUGAGGAACCGCAACCUGGGAGUCAUCUACAGGGGGGUCCAGUUCCUGGUCAUCACCUAUUUCAUCUGGUACGUCUUCAUCAAGGAGAAGGCCUACCAGGACUUUGAGUCGGGCCUGGAGAGCUCGGUGACCACGAAGAUGAAGGGCACAGCGGUGCAGGGCGGCCUGGUGCACGACUCUGAGGAGUACGCACACCCCUCAGAGGGGUUCGAGGUGAUGAGCACCACGGUGAGACGAGACGUCACCCACGACCAGAGACAGGCCACCUGCGCUGAGCAUUUCUCCGUCCCAAACGCCAACUGCACCGAGGAUUCAGACUGUAGUGAGGGAGAGGUGGACUUCGAUGGCCACGGCCCGAGGACGGGCCGCUGCGUCCCGUACUACGACCAGAGCUUCCGGACGUGUGAGAUCCAGGCGUGGUGCCCGGUGGAGGAGUACGCUGCCGUACGGGAGCCCCCGUUGCUGGAGGCCUUCAACUUCACCAUCGUCAUCAAGAACGCGAUCCGCUUCCCCAAGUUUAACGUGUCCAGAGCGAACGUCAAGGACUUUCCGAAGAAGCGGAAGCUGUCCCAGUACCUGGCGCGCUGCCACUACCACGCGGUGACGGAGCCGUACUGCCCCGUGUUCCGGCUGGGCUACAUCGCCCACCGGGCCGGGCAGGACUGGGCCGAGCUCUGCCAGACGGGCGGCGUCAUCGGGGUCUUCAUCAACUGGCAGUGUGACUUUGACCUCAACACGGCCAAAUGCAAGCCCACCUACUCCUUCCGUCUGCUGGACACCAGGAAGGACCUUCCCACCGCCGGCUACUACUACAGGUCUGAUACCCCCCCCCCACUACUACAGGUCUGA